AUGCAGCGCCCGCUGUGGCCUGGGGGCUUCCGGGGGCUCUGGCUGCUCCUCUGCUUCCUGCUGCUGAAGAGCCGUCCAGGGAGCGGCGGCGACGUUAGUGAUCACGAUGGUCAGGGCCAAGUGGGAGUGGGGCACCUCUGGACCCUCCAAGGAUUUACCACCCCAGUCUUCCAGCAGUUGCAAGUUGUACUCCAGCAGAUUAUGCCCCAAGGUUUGUUCUGGAAGGAUGACAUGACCCAGGAUGUGAUGACACAGAAGAUGGGGCACAUUGGCAAACUCCACCCCCAGGAUCCAUGUGUGAGGAUCGGGCAGGCAGCCUUUCCCACCAAAACCACCGGGGUGAGGUGUGGGCAAAAGCAAGGGGAGAAACUUCGACUCCUAUUCCGCAAGGGCCCAAUGGUCAAGGUGAACAGGGAUCAGUGCUUUACCUCCAAAGUGGUUUCGAAGGCCCUGAAACGAGAGGUGACCAACCCUGUCAAGGGCUUCUUUGAGUCUCCCCCGACUGUGGGCCACAACCUUGUCGCUGAUUGA